AUGGCCAUCUCAACCGAAGUCCCGGAGACUGUCCAAUGGAACGGGAAGAGUGUCCCGGUCUAUCCCAUGGAGACGAUCAGCUUCGAGCGACUGCUCUCCCAAGAGCCGGCCGAACUCGAGAAGAUACUUAGCUGCUGCAACACCGAGGGAUUCUUCUAUCUGGACCUGCAGGGAAUUGACGGCCGCAGGAUGCUAGAAGACCAAAAGAAGACUCUCGAACUCAUGCACCAUUUCUUCGGGUCACCCAUUGAGGCUAAGAAUCAAUAUGGACUUGUCACUCCUCAUCUAGGGUACGAGCCCGUAGGCUCACGCACAGGUGUCUUUGAAAACACCAAGGAUGGAUACGAAAUGAUCAAGGUAUCUCGAGACGAAAUCCAGAGAGACGGCCCGCACCUGCCCAGCAUCAUCAAGAACAGCCCAAGCAUUGCAAUCCUGGAAAACGCUAUCGCGGACUGCAACAUCGCUACUAAGACCAUCCUGUCGGCGUUGUCUACCGCACUUGGCCUCACAGGUGCCGCGCGAUUCGAGAACUCUCACCGCAACGACAAGCCCUCCACCACGACCUUGUCGAUGAUGCACUACAUCCCAACUGAUCCUUCGGACAAGCAGAUCGGGCAUCAGAAGCACACUGACAUCAGCUCGCUGACCCUACUAUUCAGCGAACAAUGGGGACUCCAGAUCCGCCCUCCCGGAGCACGCGAGUUCGGAUUUGUCAAGCCUAAGGAGGGCUGCGCCAUCGUCAACGUCGGAGAUUCGCUGCGGUUCGCGAGCGGGCACAAGAUGCAGUCAUGUAUUCACAGAGUCGUACCCUUUGACCCAACCGAGCACCGCUACUCUAUUGCGUAUUUCCUCAGAGCCGAGGACGAGACCAUGUUUACCGAUAGCGAGGGCAGGUAUAUCACUGCUGGGCAGUGGCACGAUGAGAAGUUUUUGGCAUUUACAUACAUCCCUGAGUUGCAGGCCCAGGCCCCGCCCACUAUGCUUCUGGGCGGAAUGAAGGAGUAUGAUGGUGAGGAGGAGGCUGUUGCGCAGGCACCAGCACCGAGCGCAAUGAAGGAGAUUUCCAUCGAGGCAUAA